AUGACUGUUGUUAAGAAGAACAAUCAUGAGAUGCCCAAUCUGCAGAACGCGGAGAUGGACAAAGGAUCCUUCGUCUGGGCAUGUAAUGGCUUCCGCAACGAGACGCAGGAAGAUGGCGCGAUAAGGCAUCAAGCACAGCAGCGAUACAUAAAAAAAGGCAGACAAGUGCGCAAGAAAGUACUCAAAAGCCAUGCUUGGUACUCUGGCGACAAGCUUCGAUUUCUGCAUCUUCAAGCCCAGCAGUUGAUUCUACGCAGGCAAGUGGAAUGUUUGAUUGCUAUCUGGGGGCUACCCAACGAGUUUGAGAUCGUCAUACGCGACCUCUGGGCUCUCAGAGUAUCCCUCCUCAAAGACCUCGUAGCCGCUCCUAUUGAAAUGGCACGCAGGCGGAGCACGCACGAACAAACCGACGACGAGGACGAUAAGGAGGACGAUAAGGAGGAUAGUAAAGAGGACACGAAACACGACGAUAAAGAAGAACCCAGCGAUAACUCCGAUGACGCACUCGAAGACCCCGAUGAAAUGCUCGGCAAUCUCGAAACCCCACCUUCAGACGAAGACAUGAACCAGCCUCAGACUAUGGAGGAGGCACUCGAAGCAGCUAACCGGGUAAAAACGACACGCCGUGUACAAAGUGCAGUGGAUGAAUUCAGCAUGAUAUGGCUAUUAGCCGUGCUGAAUUUGGGAUUCUGGACACUCCGCUUGCCCGUCUUCCACCUCGACUUUAAGGCAGCCUUGCAAGACCGGCGUGUGCCAUACAUGGAUGCUCUUGCAUACCUCCCUGAACCCAUCAAAGCGCGUCUCAACCCGAGCUCACGCACGUCUUUCCAAGCAGAGACCCUUCCAUCUCUGCGCAAAGUACACCGCGCAUCUAUCUACCUCGCCAGACAGAUGCGGGAGCGAUACGCGGUGACGUUCAGUGACUACAACGUGACACCAGUUUUAUGGCGCUGCGUACAUGAUCUUGGUUUGCCACCGACUAUGCACACGCUUUGCAUGGAGAUGGUGCAGCGCAUCGGCAUCAGCUUCUCUCUCCUCCCCCACCACCGCAUGGGCAAGCGCAGCAAACACAGGAAGGGCGAAGCUUGCGCUCCUGAAAUUAUUGCUAUGGCUGUUGUUGUCUCCGUGUGCACCCUCGUGUAUAACUUAGACAACGAGGUGACUGACCAGCCCCGAAUAAGGAGCCUUCUCGACAAGAACAAGUGGAUUAUGUCGCUAGAUAAACACUUCAAACUUUCGGAUAGUAUCUUGAAUGACCAGGUGCAAAUCAUAGACGCUACAGACGAACAGGUAGACGAUUUUCUCGAUUACAUGGAACGGACUGUCCCAGUGGCAGACGAGGACACAAUUAGAACCUGGCCACCGCUAGCCGACGAACUUAGACGCACGGGCGACCCUCACCGCAUACCUGCCGUUAAACAAGACAGUAAUUGGUUUCACAGCCUCUACGAAGAUCGCAUCCCUCUCGACGCAUACCCAGCCCAGCCUGAGGCCAACCUGGUCCGCUCCUACCAUACCUCUGAUAGAAUGGGCGACUAUCCCAUCCUUUACGACAGACUACUCAAGGCAUCCGCUAAGGCCAUAGGGGUAUCCCAUCCAGAGGAAAUUGCUCACACUGUCGAAAUGUUUCACAAAAGACUAGGGCUAGCCAGCAAGCAAACCAGUUCGAGGAGAACUAGCGUUGCGUCAGAAGGAGGGAUUAACAUGUACUUUUAA